AUGCACCCGUGCCUAUAUAUCCAAGAAAUUGUGCGCAAAGUCGUAGAAUUCGUCCAGGAGCAGUCAGAGUACCACAGCUCCAUGGCAGCCAUCGCGCGCUGCUGUCACACGUUCAACGAGCCCGCGACCGACGCGCUGUGGGUCACGCAGUGGGACCUCGUCAAUCUAGUAAAAUGCAUGCCGCCUGAUGCGUGGAAGGAAGUAGAGACGGCAGAAAACUCAGACAACUUUUGUGUGCAUUUCACGCGCCCGCUCCUGCCCAAUGACUUCACCCGUUUUGAUAGUCUUGCAAGGCGCGUGAAAAAUCUCGGUAUGGAAUUACACUCCUCGCCACCGAAAUCCUUGACGAAAGUUUAUGAUCUGAGUCCGGAUGUCUUCGUCAUCCUGGACUUCCAUCGGGGCUCACAACCCCUUCUUCCCAACCUCAAGGCGCUCGGCUGCUCGCCCGAAAGAUCAGACAUAUCGUUCGACCGCAUGCUUCUGGGACCAAAAUUGCAGAGCCUGUUCGUGAAGCACGAGCAGUGGCCACCGCCGAGCGAGAGGGAUGAUCGUGCAACAAAUGUGCUGACCUACGCACCCUAUCUCUCUCCGGACAUCAGAGUUUUGACUUUCUAUCAGAACCUCACCACCCCACAGGCAUUGGCAGUGAUUGAAGCCAUUGGGAAAUUCCGCGCUCUGCAGGUCCUGGCGUUUCAUUUUCCCCCAGUGCGCAAGGUGGUCGUGGAGUUCAUGAACCAGCUGCCAUCUCUGCGCACUCUCCAGGAUAUCAGCAUCGUAGAUGCCGUCGGUUUCGACUUCCAUGAACCGAUCGAGACCGUCCUUCCGGCUAUGCCCGCCCUCCGCGGGAUCACAAUGACUGUCAGAGACGUCACACUCGGCGUAGCGAUGCUGAAGGCGCUGCAGGAGACUCCGUUAACCUACAUCAAUAUGCAGGUUUACUUGAGAGAGGGUGACCUAUCGUUCACAACGUUCUUCAAGGCAUUCGAGCACCUCCGCGUGCCCGAGCGCCUCACGACCAUCGAGCUCCAUGGGCAGCUCAGCGAAAACCUCGAGCUGCUCGAAAUCGACCCUUGCUUCGACGUCGCAAAGCUCAAGCCGCUGUACCCCUUCCGCAACCUCGAGCACCUCCACAUCGACACUGCCUACCCGGUCAACGUGGACAACAGCUCUCUGGCAGUGAUGGCGACGGCCUGGCCGAACCUCAAUGAGCUCGUGCUUGGAUCUCUGGAUGCAGGUACAAUGCCUUUGGUUACCCUGGAAGGCCUCGUUCCCCUAGCGAAAACCUGCCAGAAGUUGCAAGUACUAGGAUUGGUCGUUGAUGCAUCCACCGUGCCGCAAUAUCCUAACUCGGCGUGGGGAGAUGACUGUCAGAAUCAGGCCCUCCGUGAAAUGCGUGUCGGCGAAUCCGAUCAGCCAGAGGCACCGGAGGAAGUGGCUGGUUUCUUGUCGUACCUGUUUCCGAACAUCACGAUGGUACAUACGGUGGAUCUUGACGACGACGAAGAAGAGACCACAGAAUCCAAUGCAUGGCAGAAGGUUAACGACCUCAUUGGAAAGAAACUUCUUACUGUACUUGAUCAUUUGUAA